AUGAAGUCAGCCAAGGCGCCCGCGACAGAGAGCUCGUCGCACCGCCGGUCGCAGCCCGUUCGUCAAGCUCGUACCAACACUGCGCGAAGCACCGCGAACAUGGGCCGCUCCGGUGCUGGCAGAGACUCGAUCGGCGGUGCAGACCAGCCCAUCGACAUUUUCCCUGCGAUCACUCACUUCGCCGAUGCCAUUACCGCUCUCCCUAAAGAGCUCGUCCGACAUUUCACACUGUUGAAGGAGGUUGAUGCUAAACUUUUCAUUCCUGAAGAUCAACUCUUCCGACUUGUCGAAGCUGCCACAAACGCUCCUGUUACCGAGGCACGUCCGAACAAUGAAACAUCAAGCGUUGCUCCUGGCUCGGCGCCUAUGAGCGCGCAAAACAGCUCAACCGGCAAUGUCUUGAAUAACAGCGCCCAGAGCGUGCUCUCAGCCGAUGAAUCUCACAGGGACCUCGUUUUCGACCCUUCCAACCUACCUCGCCGCCACCUCUUCCGACAGACCGCGCUCAAGAUCCAAGAGAUGCUUGUGUCCCUCGAAGAAAAAAAUCACGUCAUUUCUACGGCCAAUGAAGCGCUCGAAGCCCAGCUCACCCGAAUCGAAGACGUCUGGCCACAUCUAGAGAACGAGUUCAGCGAUGAGGCAAAAUGGGGAAGCACCACACACUGGGCAUACCCCGAAAAUAGGUUUUCAAAAGCAUCUCAGGUCGAUCGUACACGGCGCGACGGCGCCGCAGCCAUUUCCGCCGCAGCACAGGCUCUUGCUGAUGAGGCAGCUGCUAGAAGCGACGCCCGGAAGCAAGCCGUGCAAGCAAAGAAGGCGUCGAGAAACCACCACAACAACAUUAAUACCAAUAAUCAUAACCAUGAGUCUGAGGGUGACGAUCAUGAGGGGAAGCACAAGCCUGAGGGCCCCAAGAAGACUGCCAAGUCAAGAAAAUCGGCGGCGGCGGCUGCAGCAGCAGCCGAAACUGCCAAUGUUGGCUUGGGCAUCACGACGGCCACGAACAAUAAUGGAAAUCCACCGCAGAAGCGACGCAAGGUUGAAAAGCCAACAAACGGCGCCACAACGACAGCAGAUCGUGCCAUGAGCGCUGUCUUUGGAAACGCUGCACCAAAAGCGAAAACAACAAGCCCGCGAGCAACUCCUGCCCCUGAAGCAGCGCCUAAGAAGAGGAAGGCCCUUCCUUCGAGUAGCGGGCAGGUCAAGAAGAGUAGGAAUGGCGUAGCUGGCUUGUCAACGUCGGCCAACUCCUCGCCCGUGAUUACUGAGCUCCCAGAGCCAAAGCUCCCUCCUGUCGGCGCAUCACCAGUACCUGUUCCUACCCCGAACCCAGCACCACCAACACGUUCGCGGCAAAACUCGAUACAGAAUGCAAACGCAGAGAAUAACAAGGCCCGACCUACUUCAGCUCCUAAUAAACCCAAUGGCAUCGCUGUUAACACGGUGAAUGCUGUACCUCCACCAAACAGCUCACUUCGCAAUGGUGCUACUGCCGAGCCCAAAACCCCUAAAGAGACGAUUGUGUCGAUCAAGACCGAGAAUCCCAAGAAGGAAACUGAGAGAACAGAAACUAUACCUGCUCCACCAACUACUAUGGUGAACACCAUCACCAAUGCGACUCCGAUUCCGCCUCCGAUUAGCACCAAGAAAGAUGCUAAGAAGCCUGACGAGAACGAACGUAAGAAUGACCGCAAGAGCGAAUCAUUACCUCCAGCUGCCCCAACACCUACAGUCACAACAAAGAGUGGGCGAGCUAGUAAGCCAUCGACGCCGUCAUUGGCAACAUUUCAAGAAGCGGCGCCACCCCGAUCGCGCUCAGCAAGAAACAACGACGGUGUUGGCACAGGAAGGAAGAACCAGAAGAAAGCUGGGCCUACUAUCCAUGCCACUGUUGCUCAGCUGGCAGACGAAGAUACGAACAGCAGCAUGCAGGGCGACGAGGAGGAGGCUGACAUUGACGCAGAUGAGCCGACAUACUGCUACUGUAACGGAGUCAGUUACGGCGAGAUGGUAGCGUGCGAUGCUGAUGAAUGCCCUCGCGAAUGGUUCCAUUUAGAAUGUGUUGGACUCAAGGUUGCGCCAACAUCAAAAGCAAAAUGGUAUUGCGAAGACUGCAAGGAGCGCCUCAAAAUGGCCGGCAAAAAGUCCAAUGGCAGAUAG